AACCAUCCUAGAUAUUUCCUUUCUCUGAAAUUUAGUUUCUUCACGUUUUGAAAAUCCACAAAUUAAUUCCUUGUGUAUUAUAUAUAGUAAAACUUAUAUAAAUAGCUCUAUAGCUACACUUCUCUUUAGACAUAAACACUUGAGAAAAAUAAAAUAACAAACUUUUUUUCUUUCUGGGGUUUUCUCAUUUUUCUCUCUCAUUGUUUUCUUUUUCUCACUUUCCAAACAUGAUUAUGAAUAAUAAUAAUAAUACUAUAGUGCCCAAAUGCUUUGUUAUCUUAUUGGUUCUGUUGAUUAAUAAUUCUGUUAUUAAUGGAACAGAGGGUCGGAUCUUGAAUAAUGAGAAGAAGUAUUACUGGAAAAAUGAUCUUGUUCGUAGAGGGAUUGUUGGAUUCUUUGAUGGGCUUUAUCUUGGGUCCAUUAAGCAAUCUGGGCCAAGCCCAGGUGAGGGUAAUAAGGUCGGUCGGACACUUGGUGGUAUCAAAGAUUCUGGUCCUAGUCCUGGUGAGGGACAUAAGUUUACUCAUGCUAAGACACUUGGAGGUAUCAAGGCCGGUCCAAGUCCCGGGGAGGGACAUAAAUUUACUAAUGCCAAGACACUUGGAGGUAUCAAGGAUUCUGGGCCGAGUCCUGGUGAGGGACAUAAGUUUACUAAUGCCAAGACACUUGGAGGAAUUAAGGCCGGCCCGAGCCCUGGGGAGGGACAUAAGUUUACUGAUGUUAAUACUUUUGGAGGUAUUAAAGACGGCCCGAGCCCUGGUGAGGGACAUAAGUUUACUAAUACAAAAACUUUAGGAGGAAUCAAAAACUCGGGACCGAGCUCUGGUGGCGCGGGACAUAAGUUUACCAAUGCGAAGAUACUUGGAGGAAUCAAAAAUUCAGGACCGAGCUCUGGUGGUGGGGGACAUAAAUUUACUAAUGCCAAGACACUUGGAGGAAUCAAAAACUCGGGACCAAGCUCUGGUGGUGGGGGACAUAAAUUUACUAACGCCAAGACAGUUGGAGGAAUCAAAAACUCGGGACCAAGCUCAGGUGGUGGGGGACAUAAAUUUACUAACGCCAAGACUCUUGGAGGAAUCAAAAACUCAGGACCGAGCUCUGGUGGUGGGGGACAUAAAUUUACUAACGCCAAAACUCUUGGAGGAAUUAAAGAGUCGGGACCGAGCCCCGAUGAGGGACACAAGUUUACUAAUGUUGAUAUCCUUGGAGGAGUCAAAGAUUCAGGACCAAGUCCAGGAGAUGGACAUUAGUAAGCCUAUAUUAUGGGCAAUCGCCAUUGAUAUGGUCAUGGUGAUAUUAAUUAAUCACUCAUUUAAUUAAUUUAUUAAAUUAUAUAUAUAGUUAAUUAAACAGCAUAUAUAUACUUAGAAGAUGACAUAUUGUCGAUCAUCAUUAAAUUUAUUUAUUUUUAUUAUUAUAUGAUUAUUCUUUUGUAAUCUUUAUAAUUACAUCGAUGGGGUCCAUUGAUCCAAUUUGUUAGUCAUGUAACGAUUUGUUCUCUAUUUAAAUUAAGUAAAUAAAAUUAAUAAUUAAGAUUAUAAA